GUCUGUGUGUGUUCGUGUUCAGGUGUAUAUUGGCGAGCUUCCUCAGGACUUCCUGCGGAUCACUCCCACACAGCAGCAGCAGCAGGUCCAGCUGGAUGCCCAGGCAGCCAGACAGCUGCAGUAUGGAGGCUCAAUAGGCACCGUAGGGCGACUCAGCAUUACGGUGGUCCAGGCCAAGCUGGCUAAAAACUACGGGAUGACCAGGAUGGAUCCAUACUGUAGGAUCAGACUGGGAUACGCAGUCUACGAGACACCAACAGCUCACAACGGAGCUAAGAACCCACGCUGGAACAAGGUGAUCCAGUGCACGGUGCCUCCUGGGGUGGACUCCUUCUACCUGGAGAUCUUCGAUGAGAGAGCGUUCUCCAUGGAUGACAGGAUAGCAUGGACUCAUGUUACCAUCCCAGAAGGCCUGAGGGAGGGCAGCGUGGUGGAUGAGUGGUACAGCCUCAGUGGCAGGCAGGGUGACGACAAGGAGGGCAUGAUCAACCUGGUGAUGUCUUUCGCUUCGAUACCGGCAGGGAUGAUGACUCAGCCUGUUGUCCUGAUGCCCUCUGUUUAUCAGCAAGGAGUAGGAUACGUGCCCAUCGCAGGAGUGCCUGCGGUCUACAACCAGGGAAUGGUGCCCAUGGCAAUGCCAGCAGCCAUGCCAGCUGUCGGGGGCCAGGGUGGUCCAGUGUGCAGCGAAGAGGACCUGAAGGCUCUUCAGGACAUGUUCCCCAACCUGGAUAAGGAAGUGGUCCGCACUGUGCUGGACGCACAGCAGGGCAACAAGGACGCUGCCAUCAACUCUCUGCUGCAGAUGGCCGAGGAGCUCUAACUUGCAGAGCCUGAGCUCACAGUGGACAUGCUAACACACACAUAUACACACAUUCCCUACAAAUGCAUGCACACAGACAUUUAGAAAACAGUCUUUACUCAUGGAGAGACUGCCCUUCCUUUGCAUUCACACACACACAUACAGAGUCCUCCCACACUACAGCCAUAUCUGGGCUCCCACCAGCUCAGCUGCUAGCCACAGAGAUCUGUUUCCUUCAUUGACUCCUUGUUGGCUUACCAGUACAUGAGGCCUGGGCUGUCUCUGCUAACACACAGCUGGCUGUCAAACUAUAUCCUCAAAGCAUCGCAACAACUGUGCUCACCUUUGGUUAUUGGUAUAUGGUGAUAUCAAUGUCAGAUGUAUUUGGGAAAUUCUUUAAGUCGUGACAGGAUCAUUAAGGUUUGUGUCACACAGACUCUCUUCUUCUCUUUCUAGCUCAAAUCAUUGUGUGUUUUGAUCACAGUGGUACACCCAUCUGUAUCCCCCACACUGAUUACAGGGUUUGAUUUGCACUGUUUAGCUGUACUUCAGUCCAUCUUCAGUUUAUGGCAAUGUUGUUAUUAAUAGUGUGUGGAGAACCUAUUUAUAGUAACCUGCAAUGAACUGCUUCUGUUUCAUAUGUAGCUGUAAAAUGUCUAGUGCACUCAGAAUCUGAUAAAUUAUUAUGGAUGUAUUAAAUUAUAUAGAAUUCUAUAUGGUGAGGAGAGGAUGGAGACUGAACAAACGACCUGAAGGAUCGAGGUUUAGAAGAAAUAUCCCCACAAUGUGUCUUUGCAGAGUUUAGUCGUGACCCUUUUCAGUCAGCAAAGUGAGGAUGUGAAGACUUGAUGUUAUUCAGCGGUAUCCUGUGGAGUCUCCUUUAAUUAAAAAAAUAAUAUUUUUUGAUAGGUGUGAGCAAGAUGUCACUUUAAUCAGGACGCGUUAUCCAGACUCAAUGUUCAUUGUCCUCAGAAGCUGACUCCUGACCAUCAGUUUUAAAGUUGUACAUGAGGUGAAGAGAAAAUUUAGUUCAUGCUUCAGCAUCUUCUAACACCGCAAGCAGAGCUUUAUAUGUUUAGUUUUCUUUCAGCCACGGUGUUUGUAGUCCCUACAGACGCUAACGCUUUCCAUUGGUUGAUGCUCGUAAGUUACAAGGUCUUGUUAAUGUGCUGUCUGCCAAAGGUUUCAUUUAAGCGAUGUUGUCUGAUAGUUACAACUUCUUUGUGAUUCCAAAACUACCGCUGUAAAAUUUUUCUUAAAACGUCACAGUUCUUUUAUUGUGUGUCAUGUGAUUCUGUUAUUUUCGGUUCUCUGCUACACAGCACCUGAAAGUCUGAACACUUUGGUCUGAAAAAUUUGAUGUGCAUUUUUUAAAAUGUCGUCUUCAAAAUGUAAAACAGCCUGAUGGUUAUAUCAUAUGUUUGGAACACACAGAUGUUAUCCAUUGAUUCCCCAGAGUCAAUCUGAAUGUCUCAAGUGUUCAUGUUGCUGAAAUAUAAGUUUAAUAAUCAUUCAAGAAAUCGUAAGUUGAAGAAAGUUUACAGUACAUCACAGUAGUAUGUUGUGACACUGCAGAAGAACACAUGAUGCCUAUAAAUAAUAAAACCUGACAAGAAAAA